CUUUCAUCAUCAAACUGUGCGUUUAUGAGAGAUUCUUGACCUAAAAGACAUACUCAACAUGCCUAUCACCAUUCAGAACGUCACCGCCACCUCUGCCAUCGUUAGCUGGCCGUCUUCUCCAGGCUGUGUGGAUACGUUCUACAGCGUCAUGUAUCACCCUAACUGGAACAGCCUUCUGAUGGGUUACACGCGGAAGAGUUUCCUGCGCGAGGACAGGGUUCCCGUGAGCCAGACGUCUACCAGUCUGGGCGACCUCAGUCCUCAGACCACAUACAUCCUCUGUGUCACCUGCCAGUCUGCCAAUCCCACCAGAGAGCAGUGCCAGGUCUUUAGUACCCUAGAUGAAGGCACUGAGCUCGGGGGGAGCGGCAGGGAGCUGGCGAUGGGAGUCUGGCUGGCCAGCAGCAUUCUCUUGCUGAUCAUUGCCGUGGCUCUGCUUUGGGGAUGUCUCCACACCAUGUGUCCAGCAAAGAGGGACCCAGGAAGAGGAAACCAGCCAGGUCCGAACCAUCCACACCUGGCUCUGACCCCCAUGGGUGGAAACAUGGGAAGUGAAGGAAGAAAAAACCUAUAUAUGCCCGGUUGCGGCGAGGACGACUCUCAGAACGCAACGGUGAUCGAGAAUCCUUUUCGAGUCGAGCAUGGCAGAGAAAUGGGAAACGGGCAGAGUCGUGAACUUCGAACACAAAGUAAUAAACACAGAUUUGGCCUGGAGUCAAAAUAACUGGGGUGCCAAAUGUGAUAUACUGACCCCCAAAAUUCAAACUAUUAGAACUUACACAAUGAGGACAAUCAACGGGGUGGAAGGCAUUUUGAGAAAAUGAGGCUCAGACAGUUGGGCUGGGCUGAUGGGGUUAACUUAGCAUUUUAAUGUCAGAUGAAAACUUCAUUAGCUAAUCAACCAAGAAAACUGA